GCCACUAGCUAUUUCUCCAUGGAGGAGUGGGAGUAUAUAGAAGGACACAAGGAUCUCUACAAGGACGUCCUGAUGGAGAAGCGGCCGCCCCUCACAUCUCCGGAUGGAUCCAGUAAUGGGAACCCACCAGAGAGACGUCCCCGUCCUCUGUAUUCCCGGGACUCCUCACAGGAACAUCAGGAGAUCCCUCAGGAUUAUCAGGUGGAGCUGGAUGUAGACCAGACUAAUUGUAGAGCAGAAGCUAAAGAAGAAGCGGAAGAGCCCUAUUUGAGUGGAGAUGAGUCCUCUAGGGAAUGGGAAAACCCUCCAGAGAUCAGCACGGACACUUGGGACACCAGAGCGUUUCAGUGGAACAUCAAGGCUGAGGAGGAGGAAGAGGAGGAGGAGGAGGACGUAAGACAAAUUAAGAUUGAAGAUGAGGAAUUUCCUUUGGAGAUUGCCGUGGACGGACAACACAAAUGGAAUAUCCUGGAGAAACAUCCAACUGUCUCUCCAGAAAUGGAAAAUGACAUCAGAGAUCCUUCAAGAGAACACCCCAUUAGUCAGAAUCUCCAUCCCGUCCUUUCCAGUUCAGACCCAUCGCCUGAUCCCUCUACACCCAGGGCGAGUCUUCCUGGUCACUCCUAUCCCAUCGGCCCGUAUAUGGAUCACAGAGGCAGUGAAAUGUUCCCAUGUUUUGUCUGCGGGAGAUUUUUUACCCAACUGGCGAUACUUAUCUCUCACCAGAGAAAUCACACACUUGAGGGCCCCUUUCUUUGUUCAGUAUGCGGAAAAUGUUUUGCCAGGAAAGCCUAUUUUAUCGAACACGAAAGAACUCACACUGGAGAGAGGCCCUAUUCUUGUUCCGUAUGUGGAAAAUGUUUCAAUCAGAAGUCGGCUCUCGCCACCCAUCAGCGGAUCCACACGGCCGAGAAGCCGUAUGCGUGUUCCGAGUGCGGCAGAUGUUUUACCCAGAAAUCCCAUCUUAUUAUACACCAGAGGACGCACACUGGGGAGAAGCCAUAUUCCUGUUCGGAAUGUGGGAAAUGUUUCAAUCAGAGGUCGUCUCUUGCCACCCAUCAACGAAUUCACACAGGAGAGAAGAGAUAUCCGUGUUCGGAGUGCGGGAAAUGUUUUUCCCAGCUGGGAACUCUUAUUACGCAUCAGAGAAUUCAUACUGGUGAGAAGCCUUAUUCGUGUUCAGACUGUGGCAAGUGUUUUACCAGGAGAACCUAUCUUACCGCCCAUCAGAAGACUCAUACCGGCGAGAAGCCCUUUUCAUGCUCUGAAUGUGGAAGAUGUUUUCGUCGGAAGGCCAAACUUAUCGAACAUCAGAGGACUCACACGGGGGUGAAACCAUAAAUAAUUUUCGGACUGCGGGAAACUAUUAACUGAAAAGAAUUCACCUGUUUCUGAUCGGCGAGAGUUUUUUUUUAUCAGUAAACUUAUCUGGUUAGACAUUAGUAGGUCUCCUUGUAGCAUUGAACCGUCUUCAAAGAAAAUGACUGUGGUCAGCUGACCUGAUCAAACUUGCUGUAUAUGAACUUGUUGCAGGGGAGGGCUGGCAGCGUUUCCCCGAAAAUAAGA